CUCACUUGAGGAAGCUUUUAUUGAUUAACUGAUUUAUUAACCCUACCCUUUCCAUUUGUGUGUUGCAUAGACUAUAUUUCUUUUUAAAAUUACUGUAGGGGUAACACAUUAACAAAUAUACAACAGCUACUGCAGAACAAAAGCCAUGUGAGCACAUGGGGAAGGUGGGCUGUCUGAAUUGUCUUGUUUGGCCAGUCCGCAGCCACUCGAAGCUUAACCUGCACUGAGGUGAUUAAUAGAAAGUCUUCUCUUUCUAACGCAGAGUCUGCUCUGAUGGGGGAGAGAGGGCUGCUUAUCCUUCUGCUUGCAGGGUUUUGUGUGCCCACAUCCAACCACAUCAUUAAACACGUGUUUGUGAACACUCUGAAGAGCUGGUCUGAAGCUCAGCGCUACUGUAGAGAGAAUCACACAGACCUGGCCACUGUGCGCAGCCAGGAAGAAGCAAAGCAGCUUUUAAAUAUUCCAGGAGCGUCUCUCAGUGAUGCUGCCUGGAUCGGGCUAUAUCGUGAUGACAUGCAGAACUGGCAGUGGUCUAACAGAGAUGAUGUCAUCUAUAGCUACUGGAGGGCAGACUUCUUCUGUGCUUCAAUCAAUUCAGAGAGACAUUGGGAGGACAGAGUCUGCUUUGAGAAGAAAGCUUUCAUAUGCUACAAUGAGACCAGCAACAUCACUGAGAGAUACACCCUGAUUGAAGUGCUGAAAACCUGGACUGAAGCUCAGCAGUACUGUAGAGAACACCACACCGACCUCGUCAGUAUAAAGAACGCCAGUGAAAAUGAAGACCUAGUGAAGAAAGCGCAGGGCGUGCCCUUCUGGAUAGGCUUGUUCAAUGUGCCCUGGAAGUGGUCACACCAGGGAGAUAACUACACGUUUCACAACUGGGCCAGUGGGGACCCAGACAACCGGAGAGGCAGUGAGAACUGUGUGGUGAUGAGUAAGAGUGGUGGGUGGUAUGAUACUGCCUGCAGCACUCUGCGCCCUUCCUUCUGCUGCGAGGGCAGCUCCUCUGGUCAAUGUUUCUAUGAAGGAACUAAGAAGACAUGGCUGGAAGCUCAGAGCUACUGCAGAAACCAAGGCAAAGAUCUGCCCACCAUACAAGACCAGGCCAGGGUUAAUAAGCUUGUAAAUCUUAUACCUUCAACUACAGAGACGCAUUUCUGGAUCGGGCUGCAUCAUGACAAAGAGAGCUGGCAGUGGUCCAAUGGAGAUGAUGUCAUCUACUCCAACUGGAGAGCAGACCUCUUCUGUGCUUCAAUCAAUUCUGAUGGAGAGUGGGAGGAUUCAGUCUGCAGUGCGACGAAAGCUUUUAUGUGCUACAAAGAGACCAGCAACAUCAUUGAGAGAUACACCCUGAUUCAAGAACUGAAAACCUGGACUGAAGCUCAGCAGUACUGUAGAGAACACCACAUCGACCUCGUCAGUAUAAAGAACGCCAGUGAAAAUGAAGACCUAGUGAAGAAAGCGCAGGGUGUGCCCUUCUGGAUAGGCUUGUUCAAUGAGCCCUGGAAGUGGUCACACCAGGGGGAUAACUACACAUUUCACACCUGGGGCAGUAGGGACCCAGACAACCGGGGAGGCAGUGAGAACUGUGUGGUGAUGAGUAAGAGUGGCGAAUGGAAUGACAGUAGCUGCAACUCUCAGUUCCCCUUCUUCUGCUAUGAUGAUGCAAUCCCCUCAGACCCUCCUUCAGCGCCGCUCUCUGAAGAAGCAGAAUCCUCGAGCCCCCCUUCCACUCCGGUCUCUCAAGCAGGCACUCCAGUCCCUGAGGCGCUCCACCUGAUCUCUCACAGUAUGGUCUGGCCGGAGGCUUGGCAGUACUGCAAGGAUCGCUACACUGACCUAGUGAGCCUCACAGGCCUGGCUGCACAGAACAGAGUGUCGGAGCUCGUCAGGAACAGCACUGCGUCCCGAUUCUGGAUCGGCCUGCACAGAACCGUCGUGUAUGAUAACUGGUACUGGGUUGCUGGUAAGGAUAAGAGGGCCCCCCUAAACUACACUAACUGGGCCCCUGGGGAGCCCAACAAUCCUUACUAUGAGCACUGUGGGGAGAUGGUGCUGGGGGAGGAUGGGGGGGCUGAGUGGAAUGAUCUGUGCUGUUAUGAAAAGCUCCCCUUUAUCUGUUUCAGAGAAUAUCAACACCUCUAAAAGUGGUUCUAAAACUCUCUAGUUGGGACCCCCUUUAAAGACAUUUUCUUUUACAAAAAUACUGAUAAAUGAUAGAGCUAUUUAACUUUUAAUAAAGUAACUAGAAGUGUUGUGUCUGACAGAGUUUGCAAUGCCAUGUCUGCUCUCUAUAAAGAGCUGCUGUAAUGCACAGGAGCCAUUGCGAAUGGCAGGUCUGCUUGUGAUGCAGUCACUUGAAACGUUCCUGUGAACCACCAGGGGGUCCCAACCCCUAGAGGACCACUGUCUCCACAGAACCCAGAGCUUGACUAUAGGAGUAAUACACCAAAAUACUAUAGAAGAAAAUCUUUAAUGAUCUACAUUAUUCUGAUAUUUCAUUGUACUUGUUUACUAUCCUGUUGUGUGUGUUGUGUGUGAUUCUCUAUUGUUUCAAAUAAGAGCAUUAUCUGCUGUGCUGACUACCUACUCCAGCAAAAUGCCUCCUGAAAAAACCUUGGUUAGCAGUCCUCUUAAUACAGGAUACACUGUUAAGGGGAGAAGCACAGAGUGGGGGAAUGGGGCAACUUGAUAAUCUCAUUAUUCCUACUUUGAUCUUUUUUUCUUUUAAAAACAAAAAUGAUUUUAAUGUUUAACUAGUUUUUACAUAUUUAAGAAAGUGUGUUUGUAGUCUGGGCCUGUAGAUGUCAUCAGCACUAGCAUCACAAAAACUCCACUUGGAAAAGAAAAUCUUUUCUCUUCCUUGUUUGCACUCCUGUGCUGCUUCCCUGAGCUAUAGCAGAGCUGAGAUUCAUAACCCCCUGCUGCUGUAGGUAGUGGCAGCAGUGUGCCUGUUUAGUGCACAUUAGAGUGACAAAGAGAGUGGCCAGAAAGCUUCAAGGAGGGAGGAAGCUUGUGUGCCUGCCUGCCUGCCUGCAGCUAAAACUACCUGCCUCUCGGGAAUGCAAACAAACUGGACAGCCAACAGGGCCUGGUUUCUGAUGAAGCAGAUUGCACCUCAUGCUAAACUGUUGAGGAAUGCAGUAAAGAGACGCACUGUAAUUCUAUUUUAAUAUGAUGCUACAACUUCAACCAAACUAAACAGGACAUGUGUAAUAUACUGAGUGAGUCCUGUCUCACUUUAUUUGCCAUUAUAAAAUGAAUAAAGAGUUGAACCAGU